GACGUUCAACAUGCCUCCCAAAGCAAGCGGUAAAGCAGCAAAGAAAGGCGGUAAGGCUAAGGCCGCCGCUCGUGGUGGUGACAAGAAGAAGAGAAGGAGGGGAAGGAAAGAAUCCUACGGUAUCUACAUCUACAAGGUGUUGAAGCAAGUUCACCCAGACACCGGUGUCUCUUCCAAAGCCAUGUCCAUCAUGAACAGCUUCGUCAACGAUAUCUUCGAGCGUAUCGCAUCAGAAGCUUCCCGUUUGGCUCACUACAACAAGCGUAGAACCAUCACCAGCAGAGAGAUCCAGACAGCCGUCCGUCUCUUGUUGCCUGGUGAGCUCGCCAAGCACGCAGUCAGUGAAGGAACCAAAGCCGUCACCAAGUACACCAGCUCCAAGUAAAUUGUAUGCCUAGCGUACACAAACCAAACGGUCCUUUUCAGGGCCACCACAUCCUCCAAAAAGAGAACUGCCGUAACAUCAACACUACACAAUACCAGUCAGUUCACGAUAACAACAAUCAAUUAUCAAGCUAUAGAAAGUAUACUCGAAAGAAGGUAGUUCACUUCACUGAAAUAUAAUUCCCCGAUAGACUUGCAAAUACAAAUAAAUUAUCGCCUUCAAA